AGAUGAAAAUCAUUAAAUAUAACAAGAACUGAAAUUCUUGCAUGUGGGAGAAAGAUCUCAUGAAAGUGUGUGUGUGUGUGUGAAAGAGAGAAGCCCAACGGUAUGUUUCUAUUCUUGUGAUAACAAGAAGCAAUAGGGCGUUGAGGCGGCAUUCAGUUCACUUGCUUUGCUUCAAUCCUGGAUUCUUCACAUGGCAAAAUAUCUCUCUUUUUCUCUCUCUGGCACGACCCCAAUAAAAAUCUCUUUUUGAAGAAUUUCUGUGGCAUAUAAUAGAAGAUAAAUCACGAAACCAAUCUUCUGAUUUCUCCUCAACACUCUUCAGUCUUCUCCACUCUGUAGCUCCUCAUCAGCCAUAUUCUUGGAGACGUUGCGACGAAGAUUCCAGAUUCCAAGGAAUCCAAUUUGUGGUCAUUGUAGGAUUAAUUCUCCGUAAAGAUGGUGAACCUGGGGUUAUUUCAUGGGAGCAAGACAUCGAAUUCAGUGAUCCUGAGCUUCAAAAUACCUUAUUAUACUCACUGGGGGCAGCACCUACUGGUAUGUGGUUCAGAACCUGUCCUUGGCUCAUGGAAUGUGAAGAAAGGCCUUUUGCUGAGGCCGUCUCACCAAGGGGAUGAGCUUAUAUGGUCUGGCAGUCUGCCGGUCCCUGCUGAGUUUAAUUGUGAGUAUAGUUAUUAUGUCGUGGAUGAUGAGAAAAAUGUCUUAAGAUGGGAGGCUGGGAAGAAAAGAAACUUGUUAUUACCUAAUGGUGUUCAAAAUGGACAGUUGGUGGAGCUUCAUGAUCUCUGGCAGACUGGUUCCGAUGAUCUACCUUUAAGGAGUGCGUUUAAGAAUGUUAUAUUUCGAAAAAGUUGGAACCCAGAAGUGGACAGACCCCUUGUAUCGGUUCGAAGUGUGCUGGAUCAUGAAGAUUCAGUUGUCGUACAAUUCAGAAUUUGCUCCCCAAAUAUUGAAGAAGACACAUCAGUUUAUGUCAUUGGUAGUCCUUCAAAUCUGGGUCGAUGGAAGAUUGAAGAUGGACUUAAACUCAAUUAUGCUGGUGAAUCCGUUUGGCUAGCUGGAUCUGUAAUGAGAAAGGAUGACUUUCCUAUAAAAUAUAGAUACUGCAAAUAUAGCAAAGCAAAAAAUCUUGCUCUAGAAACUGGUGGUAAUAGGGAACUCUUUGUCGACUUCUCAACUAGUCAACCCAAGUACAUUGUCCUCUCAGAUGGCUUGAUGCGAGAAAUGCCUUGGAGAGGCACUGGUGUAGCUAUACCCAUGUUUUCAGUCAGAUCAGAGGAUGAUAUGGGAGUUGGGGAGUUUCUUGAUUUAAAGUUACUAGUGGACUGGGCAGUUGAGUCGGGCUUCCAUUUGGUUCAGCUCUUGCCAAUCAAUGAUACAUCUGUACAUGGAAUGUGGUGGGAUUCAUAUCCUUACAGCUCCCUCUCAGUAUUCGCAUUGCAUCCCUUAUACCUAAGAGUGCAGGCUCUCUCAGAGAAUAUCUCAAAGGAUAUCAUGGAAGAGAUACAGCGGACUAGAAAACAGCUGGAUGGGAAGAAUGUGGAUUAUGAGGCCACCAUGGCUGCAAAACUUUCCAUUGCCAAGAAGAUAUAUUCUCAGGAGAAGGAAAUUGUAUUUAGUUCAGUUGCCUUCCAGAACUUCUUUUCUGAGAAUCAGGAUUGGUUAAAACCCUAUGCAGCCUUUUGUUUUCUAAGGGAUUUUUUUGAAACAUCAGAUCACAGCCAGUGGGGUCGUUUUUCUCUUUUUUCAGAGGACAAGCUUGAGAAACUAGUCUCCAAAGACAGCUUGCACUAUGACAUAAUUUGCUUUCAUUAUUAUAUCCAGUUCCAUUUACACAUGCAAUUAUCAGAAGCUGCGUCAUAUGCUAGAGAGAAAGGAGUGGUAUUAAAAGGAGAUUUGCCAAUUGGAGUUGACAGGAAUAGUGUGGAUACUUGGGUGUUCCCAAACCUCUUUCGCAUGAAUACCUCAACUGGGGCACCUCCAGACUAUUUUGAUAAAAAUGGACAGAAUUGGGGAUUCCCUACUUAUAACUGGGAAGAAAUGUCCAAAGAUAACUAUGCUUGGUGGCGUGGUCGUUUAACACAGAUGGCGAAGUACUUUACAGCAUACAGGAUUGAUCAUAUAUUGGGUUUCUUCAGAAUCUGGGAGCUUCCAGAUCAUGCAAUGACUGGUCUUUGCGGGAAAUUUCGACCAUCUAUUCCACUGAGUCAGGAAGAACUUGAAAGGGAAGGAAUAUGGGACUUUAAUCGCUUGAGCCAGCCAUACAUCAAACAACAACAUUUACAGGAGAAGUUUGGAGCUUCCUGGACUAUAAUUGCUUCCAACUUCCUGAAUGAAUUCCGGAAAGACCAUUAUCAGUUCAAGGAGGACUGCGAUACUGAAAAGAAAAUUGCAUCCAAGCUGAAGUCAUGCUUGGAAAAAUCCAUCUUCCUGGAGAGUGAGGAAAAAAUUCGGCGCAACCUCUUUGAUCUUAUUCAGAAUGUAGUCCUUAUCAAAGAUCGAGAAGAUUCAAAAAAGUUCUAUCCCCGCUUCAAUCUUGAGGACACUUCAAGCUUUAGUGAUUUGGACGAACAUAGCAAAAAUAUCUUGAAAAGGCUAUAUUAUGAUUACUAUUUCCAGCGGCAAGAAACUCUGUGGCGUCAAAAUGCACUAAAGACAUUGCCCGUUCUCUUGAACUCAUCAGAUAUGCUGGCUUGUGGAGAAGAUCUUGGGUUGAUUCCUUCUUGCGUUCACCCUGUCAUGCAAGAACUCGGUUUGAUUGGUUUGCGCAUACAACGUAUGCCGAGUGAACCUGGUGUGGAAUUCGGUAUUCCUUCACAGUACAGUUAUAUGACGGUAUGCGCUCCAUCGUGUCAUGACUGUUCCACCCUCCGUGCUUGGUGGGAAGAAGAUGAAGAUCGAAGGCGGAGAUUUUUCCAGACUGUGGUGGGCUCUGAUCUGCUACCACCUGAUAGGUGCACUCCUGAAAUUGUAGAGUUCGUUUUACGCCAGCACGUUGAAGCUCCAUCAAUGUGGGCAAUUUUUCCACUUCAGGAUUUGCUAGCACUGAAAGACAAAUACACGACUCGACCGGCUGCAGAGGAGACAAUAAAUGACCCGACAAAUCCAAAACACUACUGGCGAUACCGGGUACAUGUGACAUUGGAGUCCUUGCUGGAGGAUAAAGAACUUAUAUCUUCUAUCAAAGGCCUCGUCCACGGUAGUGGAAGAUCGUGCCCUUCUUCACAUGGCGACGAAUUGGGACUAGGAAAGUCGAGCAAGGAUUCCGUUAAGCAACCGGCCGGAAAUGGGAAAGGAGAAGACCAUGUUGCCAGUCAGCUGAAUGGAAUUCCUAAGAAAGAGGAGGCAGUAACAGUUGCUUGAUGGGCAGUUGGAUCAGUAUUUCCAGUGCCAACCCAAAGAAACAAGUCCCUUGAGAGUCUAUGCUCUAUUUUUGCUUUUCUCCAAGUGAAUAAGUGACUUUUUCCCUAUUGAAUCUUCUCUUUCUCCCUACUUUAUUUAUAAAAUAGGAAAGGAAAAUAAUAUAUAAUGUAUGUGUGAAGACGGGGCACUAAAAGCAUCGGAAAAAAAUUGAUUUUUUGUCGUAAUUAA